AUGAGGAUUGAUAAAGGGACACCUACUGAUGUGAGCAAAGAAGGAGAUGACCUGACCCAGCAGAAGAAAGACACUGGGACAACAAAAGCAGAAAUAAGGGAAGCCAUAACAGAGAAUGAUAUCAAGAUCGAAAGAAGAAGUAAGGAAAGAGACUGGAGAGUCCUCCAAGGGAGAUUCCAGCAACACGGUCAAACAAGUGAAGCCAUUCCCUUACUGGAAGUCAGAAAAAAGAAGGAUCAUCUAGUGGACUUCAUGGAAAUCUUCGGCAAGCUGGAAAUCAACCUGCCAUUCAUACAGGCUCUGAAGCUGCCUCUUUUCAGCAAGUUCAUCAAGGAAUUUAUCGCCGGGAAGACUAAACACAAUGGCAAGAUAGUAAUCGGAGAGAGUAUUUCAGCAGUGGUUCAGAAGCGGAGGAUGCCAUCAAAACGCACUAACGUAGAACUGAGCCAUUCCAUUGAUAAGGAGGUGGUAGGAUGGUGUGAAGCAAUGAACACACUGGAGUUGACAGAUGAAGAGCUAGCAGAGGCGAUUGUGGAAUUCUGUAAGUAUCUGACGUCUGCCACGUCAAGGGGAUUAGCCCAUCUGGCCAGUGUGGAAAAGUUACCAAACCCAGAGGAGUUAACCACAAGUGAAAUGGACAAAAAACCCCUACCCUAG